UUGUUUCCUCAAAAUUUUCACUGGACAACAGAAAAGAAAAUCUCACAACGGUCUACUUCCAAGUGGCUGCAGACCAGACGAACGAGGGAUCCCGAGAGAGGUCUCAAGGGUCCUGCUUCCUCAGGUGAAGCCGGUGACCAGUUGGUGGAAGAUUACUGAGAUUUCAACCUUGGCAGGCUUCCCCUGUCAUUUUCAGUUCCAUAUAUGUAUAUAUUUUCGGGAAGAGAAGGAAAACAUGAAGAUCCCUUCGGCUAUUCUAUACCCUUUUUAAGGGGAUAAAGUGUGAGUUCCAUAGAGAUAUACCCUGCUGAGAAAGAUUUAAAGCCAUGAACUUGAUUCAACGCAAGAUCUACCUGUACAAUGUCACUUUUGGAUUGUACAUGUUAGAUUGGUGGGAACGUUGCUUAUUCAAUAUAUUGGUGAUCAUCUUGCUCUGGUUUGUUUGCUACAAUGGAUCACGAUCUGCAUCUGAGUUUUACAGAAGCCAUCUCAAGGUGGUCAAGCUUGGGAACGGCGCGUAAUAAUCCUGAUUGCUGAAGGUUAGAAUGGAAGGGUGAAUCUUUUGCCCCUUAUUUUAGUACCAGAUUAUUUCAUCAGGCUUCAGUCUUAGGGGUUGGUUGGUAUUUUACCACAAUCUGUGUGACUGUCUCUGCCAUGUGCAUUUUUGUAGAUUAUCCUUCUCUGUGAGAUCUUUUUAAACUACUAUGAUUUUCUUUAGCACAGAUAUUAUUUUUCAUCCAAACAAGACUUCUUCCUACAUUGGCAGUUACUUGUACAAGGCAAUGUAAACACAACUUGUGGGAAUUUAAUAUAAUUCUUAGGACAAAGUACUGUAUAUCAUUAAUAUUUGAAAAAUCAGAGAUGAAAAAAAAUACAGAUUUCAUUGUUUUGAA